AUGGAUGAUAAAAGAAAGAGAGCAGCUAGCACAGCAGAAUCGAAAUGUUUAGUGGCUGAGCUACCCCAUGGUUUGAUAACGGACAUACUCUCAAGAUUGCCCGUCAAGUCCCUUUUCAACUGUAAGUUUGUUUGCAAAACUUGGCUUCGUUUAAUUUCAGAUCCUCAUUUUGCCAAAAUCCAUUGGGCAAGAUCACCCACUACUUUCUUGAUUCAAGAUACACGAAGUAGAUAUAAAGAAAGUACGGAUAUAUUACUCGUUCAGAUCGUCGAAGAAGUCAUUCGUAAAACUUUUGAGAUCGAAAGCAUUAGGUUUGUUCCCAACACAAACUUACCCGAUACUGGUGUAGACAUUCUAAAUUCUUGCAAUGGGUUGGUUUGCUGUUGGGGAAUGUCUAAAGGCAUAUUCAAUGACAUGGUUUAUGUUUGCAAUCCGAUAUUAGGCGAGUGCAUUUCCAUUCCAGUAGUUAAAAAAGUUGGAAAGCGUAAAAAAUGCGGUCAAUAUUUUGCUCUUGGAUUCAGUACGGCGAGUAAUCAAUACAAAGUUCUACAUACUUUUUAUCUAGGCAGAGAGUUUGUAACUCAAUGUCGGGCUGAAAUAUACACGGUUGGUACAGGACAAUGGAGGAGAAUUGGAAAUGCUCCUUUCAGCCUUGACUAUCUGAAUGCCAAUGUUUUUUUGCACGAUUCUAUCCAUUGGGUUGACUAUGAUCCUGAGAACUACAGGUUUAUUUGUGCUUUUGAUUUUGAGUUUGAGAAAUUUAAGCGGUUGUCUUUACCUCCUGAUUCUCAAAUACAUGAUGGCAAGGGGAGGCACUCAGUUUCAUGUGUCGGGGUUUUAAAAGGUUGCCUGUUCAUGGCUUUUGACGUCUGUUCUGAAUGUGGAGAAUUUGAGAUAUGGGUUAUGGAGGAGUAUGGCGUCAAGGAAUCUUGGUCCAAAAAGUUUGUCGUUGGAAAUGUGCAUUUAAAUGAUUAUGUCUGUUAUGAACCCUUGUUUUUCUUAAGCUCUGGAGAAAUCUUGAUGUUGCAUGAAGAUCAAUGUAUAGUCCGUUAUGAUGCAAGAUGGAAGAGUUUUCAGGAUUUAACGAUAUCGCAGGGAAUCAAAAGCAUUAAAGUAAUUGCAUACAGCCCAAGCUUUGUUUCACUCCAGGAUAUUGCACAAGGAGAAGAAGUGAAGGUAUUAAGGUAA